UUUGAACGAGCUGUCCACCAUGACCCCAAGAUCCCUCUCCUGAUCAUUCACCGACAUCUCAGAUCCCAUCAGCAUAUACUUGAAGUUGGGGUUCUUCAUCCCAAUGUGCAUCACUUUACACUUGGCAACACUGAACUGCAUUUGCCAUUUUGUCACCCACUCACCCAGUUUGGAGAGAUCCUUUUGGAGCUCCUCACAAUCCGUUCUGGAUUUCACUACCUGAAAGAGUUUGGUAUCAUGUGCAAAUCUGGCCACCUCGCUUCUUACCCUGACUUCUAGAUCAUUUAUGAAUAAAUUAAAAAGCAGUACAGAUACCCAGUACAGAUCCCUGGGGCCCCCCACUUCUUACUUCCAUCCAUUGUGAAAACUCUCUAUUUAUACCUACCCUUUGAUCUUGUCCUUCAACCAGUUAGUAAUCCACAUAUGUACUUGUCCCCUUAUCCCAUGACUGCUAAGUUUUCUCAGGAGUCUUUGAUGAGGAACUUUGUCAAAAGCUUUUUGGAAGUCCAGGUAUACUAUGUCAACUGGAUCACCGUUAUCCACACACUUGUUGACACUCUCAAAGAACUCCAAAAGGCUUUAAACCAUGGCACAAGCUGAGAAGAAAGGUGGAUUGCUUCGAAAAUCUUCAGCUAGUAAGAAGCCCUUGAAAGAGAAAGUUGUGCUAAUGUAUGAUGAAAUCUUCACGACAGAAGAUCCCAGUAAAUGCAACCCACGGUUUUGGGAGGAGCUUUUCCUCAUGAAGGUGAACCUCGAGUACUUGGAAGGGAAGCUGGAAUCUCUAGAUGGUGAAGAGUUAAUGAAGAUAAAAGAUAACAUCAACUGUUUGUUCCAGCGCUGUAUCCGGGCCCUGGGAGAAGAGCAUCCCAUCAGAGUUGUCAAUGCACUACAGACACUAUGUGCCCUGAUCCGUGGGGUUCAUCAGAAAAACAAAUCCACAUCUGGCUUUGACAUCAUCAACAUGCUGAUGGGCUUUGACAAAGCUGAAGUGUGCAUGAAGAAUCUGAUGGAGAGUUUGGACACUCUGCUUUGUGCAGAAGGCUCCGAAAGCCUCAAGAGUCUGUGCCUGAAGCUACUACUCUGUUUGGUGACUGUGACAGAUAACAUCAGCCAGAACACAAUUCUGGAGUAUGUGAUGAUCAACAGCAUCUUUGAAGCUAUUUUGCAGAUUCUUUCCAAUCUUCCCAGUCGCAGGGAACAUGGUUAUGAAGCUGUUGUCCUGCUAGCCUUAUUAGUAAACUAUAGAAAGUAUGAGUCUGUGAAUCCUUAUAUAGUGAAACUGUCUAUCAUAGAUGAUGAGGCUACACUCAAUGGGAUGGGUCUUGUAGUUGCUCAGGCAUUAUCGGAGUACAAUCGGCAGUACAAAGAUAAGGAAGAAGAACACCAGAGUGGCUUUUUCUCUGCUUUCACCAACAUGGUGGGCAGCAUGUUCAUAGCUGAUGCUGAUGAGAAAAUCUCAGUCCAAACCAAUGAGGCUAUUCUUUUGGCCCUUUAUGAAGCUGUUCACUUGAAUCGAAACUUCAUCACUGUAUUAGCGCAGAGCCAUCCUGAAAUUGGAUUGGUGACAAUGCCAGUCAGCCCUGUCCCAACAACUCCAGUCACUCCGCUUGGGACCACACCACCUUCUUCUGAUGUUAUAAGCACUGUGGAGCUACCUCUGGAUGCUGAUGUGCAGACCAGCAACCUGCUGAUAACUUUCUUAAAGUACAGCUCCAUCGUCAUGCAGGAUACUAAAGAUGAACAUCGGCUCCACAGUGGCAAGCUUUGUCUGAUUAUUCUGACCUGCAUAGCAGAGGACCAGUAUGCUAAUGCCUUUCUGCAUGAUGACAACAUGAAUUUUAGAGUAAACCUCCACAGAAUGCCUAUGAGACACCGAAAGAAAGCUGCAGACAAGAACCUUCCCUGCCGGCCUCUCGUUUGCGCAGUGCUGGAUCUGAUGGUGGAGUUCAUCAUAACACACAUGAUGAAAGAGUUUCCCAUGGAUCUUUAUGUGCGCUGCAUUCAGAUAGUACACAAGCUGCUUUGCUACCAGAAGAAAUGCAGAGUGAGGCUUCAUUACACUUGGAGGGAGCUCUGGUCAGCUCUGAUUAAUCUGUUGAAGUUUCUUAUGUCCAAUGAGACGGUUUUGCUGGCAAAAUACAACAUCUUUACCUUAGCUCUCAUGGUGGUAAACCUGUUUAAUAUGUUCAUCACUUAUGGAGAUACCUUCCUUCCGACUCCUAGCAGCUAUGAUGAGCUAUACUAUGAAAUCAUCAGAAUGCACCAGAGUUUUGAUAACCUGUAUUCUAUGGUUCUGAGGCUAUCUACCAAUGCGGGUCAAUGGAAGGAGCCAGCCAGCAAAGUGACCCAUGCAUUGGUUAACAUACGAGCCAUCAUCAACCACUUCAAUCCAAAGAUAGAGUCUUAUGCUGCUGUGAAUCACAUCUCGCAGCUCUCGGAAGAGCAGGUUUUGGAAGUCGUACGUUCCAACUAUGAUACACUCACCUUGAAACUGCAGGAUGGGCUGGACCAAUAUGAACGCUAUUCAGAGCAACACAAAGAAGCUGCUUUCUUUAAAGAACUGGUUCGGUCCAUCAGCAUCAAUGUGCGGCGAAAUCUGGCUUUUAACACCCUCAGUCAGGAGGUCCUGCUGAAAGAGUUUUCAACCAUCUCCUGAAGCUGAUUUAUCCACCUGUUUCCUCACCAGUCCUGGCGUUAAUGCAUUCCCCUCCCCAGCAUUGACUGUAGCCCCUGGUUGUGGAGUGGACUAAUCCUAGUGCAUAUAUGUUUUUUCCAGGAUAAACCAAGGGGAAGUUUGAACAUCCCACAUUCCUGGGCACAGAGAACUAAUGAUACGGACUGCACUGUGGGUGGGAAAGAGGGAUCUAUACUUCUCGCUCCUUCUCACUUUCUCUGUGGCUGCUGUUGUGCUGGAAUAAGAGUUUUUCUCCCCCAAGUGAGCAAAAAUUAAGCAAAGCAGGACAACGCUGAAAGCUGACUCUUCUUGUUCUCUGGAAGAUAUCUGAUCCUGGGCAGAUGCCUGGAGAAGGAGAGUAGUGCAGGCCAGGCAAACUAAGCCCUUGAUAAUAAGGGCAAGCCAAUUGAACUCCUGACCUGUUGCUUGUGCUAUAAAGCCGAAGCUACCAGCUUGACUCUGGUGCUUUGAAUCUGCUGUUUUUAUGUAUUGUUAGCCCUGCUUCAAACUGGUGUUGAAAUCAACAGCUGAGGGCUCUCCCCUUUCCUCUGAGUUAGUGCCUGCUCUUCUGAAUGGUGCUUGCCAGAGGUUCUCACUGAAUGGUGUUCCUGAUUCCUUGCUUGAAACACUUGGUCUCUGGAGUUCCUGAACUAAGAGCCUACCUCUAUAAACUCUGCUGUUCCUACUGCCCUGUUUUAAAGCUUUUGGGAUAAAGGAUAGUAAUACGUGUCGGUGUUUUUAAAUUUUUGGUUUUUUGGGGGUGGAGCAAUAAGGGAUAGUGACCCAUACUUUUACUGCUCAUACAAUUGCUGUGUAUCAGAGUGAAAUAUUUCCCCUGUCCUCAGAAGGUAGCCGCAGCAACAGAAUAGGUUUGUUUUUAUAUUGCUCCAAUGGCCUGCUUCUCUCUGAUCCCUAUGGUGCUGAUAAGCUGACCUAGUGCUGCCAUUGACAUUAACAGUGUCCUCCCUAUCACAGACCUGUACUGCCUAAGCCAAAUUCCUCACUCAUGGAAGCAGUAACUGCUUAGCUUGCCUUCCCUUCUACUGUCCAAAGUCCACCUUUUCUAUACUCCAAGAAGUACUUCAUUGGGGAGGUAGGGGCAGCCUUCGUAUGAGGCAGAAAAUUAAUUUGUCAGGCUUAUUGGUUCUUACAGCAUUAAAGGGAAAGAGAGAUUGGGAGGGGAGAAAUCCACACUCUACAUCUGUGACACUCAGGUCCUCAUCCCUUUCUGCCAAAUGAUGCAACUGUAGACUUCAGGGCACAUAGCAUGUGUGGACAACUGUCCUAUCAAAUCCCUGGCACUUCUUGUGCACAAUUCAACUUUCCCCAUUUUGUCAAUCAAAACAGUAAAGUCAAUAGUACAAUACUUGCUUCCCAUUAUGCAUGCAAGAGGAAUAAAUAGCUGCAUUAUGUCUGCAAGCUAAGAAGUAGCAGUACCUCUGGCAUUGUCCUCUCAGGAGAGGAGAUCUUGUUCCACAUACAUAUUCUGAACCCUUAGUAAAGGAAUGUUAGGAUUUGGCACAUGUCCAUUCUGGAAAGAGAGAGGGUGCUGCUCACCUCUGUAUCCCUUUCCCUGUUGUAGACCCACUUCUGCUUGAUGCAAACAGGGUUGGGUAAGCAGAUAUACAUGGAGUCUUUUUAAGUGUGUGUUCAUUUAGGAGAUUAUAAUGCAGACACACCGACUUCGCUUCAAAGAGACUGUCACCUUAUGUAAUUUCCAUAUUCUUUCUGGACUGACAUGACAAACCUCCUCACUAAUACACUGAUAAGUCUCGGCUGUGGCUGGCAAUGAAUUCUGAGGCCAAGAGUUUGAAGAGUCUUUUUCCUAGAAGAAACAAUAUAGAUACCCUGCUGCAGAAACAGUACCUGUAUGAGGAUGUACAUAACAUAAAAUUCCAGUAGAGUUCACUGAAGGGUGUGCCUCUAAUAAUUCUUUGUGUGCAGUUUAUCUUUUUGUGUGUUUUGGGAUGGGUAAUAAACCAUUACUACUCUUA